UUGUGUUUGAUAUUUCGUGCUAGUUGGAAGUUAACCAGACACGAAAUGCAACAAAUUUUCAAAAUUAUUUUCUUUUCCACAAUUUUCGUGGUGACAUUUGCAUGUAAAAAACUUCCACCGAAAACUUUGAAUUAUGGUAGAAAGCAAAGUGGUGACAAUGGAUAUCGAUUAGUUGUCGGAAGUAAAGAGAAUGAGGGUUAUGAGCCAGGAAAGAUUUAUAACUUGUUCCUAGUCGGCUCUCGAAAUUAUUUACAUCUGCAACAUUUCACACAUUUCAUGAUAACCGCUGAAGCGUACAACAUUGGAACAAGUCGAAGUUCGAUUGCCGGGCCGAAGCGUGUGGGAAGAUUCCAAUUAUUCGGCGAUUCUCUUACCAAAUUUUAUGAGAUGUGCGUCAACACCGUCUCAGAGGCUGAUGAUCUUCCAAAAACAGAAGUUCAAACUAUGUGGGUCGCCCCAGCUAAAGGUUCAGGUUGUGUACGUUUAUCAGCGAUGAUUUAUGAGGGCAAAGAUGCAUGGUACGCGGAAGCUGGUGGAUUGUCGAAGAUUAUUUGCGAGCAAGAACCUGAUAAAACGAAAAAAGCUCUCACUGAAGACGAGUGCUGUGCUUGUGAUGAGGCGAAAUAUAAUUUCGUGUUUGAAGGAAUCUGGUCGAAUGAAACUCAUCCCAAAGACUACCCCUUCGCUGUUUGGUUGACACAUUUUUCUGAUAUCGUCGGUGCUUCACAUGACGCCAACUUUUCAUUUUGGGGUGAGAAUCAUAUUGCAACUGACGGUUUUCGUUCGUUAGCUGAGUGGGGAUCGCCAAGGGCACUUGAAGAAGAAUUGCGAGCAAAAGGUGGUCGUCUUCGUACAUUGAUAAAAGCUGGAGGAUUAUGGUAUCCAAAUGUUAAUGCAAACACAUCUUCGCACUUUAAGGUUGAUAGAAAACACAACAAGCUGUCUUUAGUUUCAAUGUUUGGCCCAUCGCCUGACUGGGUUGUGGGCGUAAACGGAUUGAACCUUUGCAAAAAAGACUGCUCAUGGGAGGUUUCACUUGAUAUUGAUUUAUAUCCAUGGGAUUCAGGAACUGACAGUGGUAUUUCUUAUAUGUCGCCAAAUGCUGAAACUCAACCACGUGAAAGAAUGCAUAAAAUUACCACAAAGUAUCCCGAGGAUCCAAGAGCUCCGUUCUACAACAUUCAUAGUGACAAAAUGGUUCCUUUAGCUAAAUUAUUCAUACGACGUGAAAAAGUUGUCACAAGAAAUUGCGACGACGAAGUGCUGCAGUCACAAAUCCUUGACGUGUCUGAGAAUGACGAUAACGAGAACAAUAAUAUUCCGGAGUGUGAGGUCACCGAUUUUUCCGCAUGGUCGCCUUGUUCAGUGACCUGUGGUAAAGGUUUGCGAGAAAGAACACGAAGUUAUCGACGACCACAGAAAGCAACAGAGAAAGGAUGUUCACGUCAACUCGUUUUCAAGGAAAUGUGCGUCGCAGUAAUCGCGGAAUGUGACAAUGAAGGAGAUGAUGACAGUUCAGAAAAUUUGGCAUUAUCAGAAGCAACUGUAAAUGAACAAGGCGAAGGCUUAGGAAUUUGUAAAACCACAAGAUGGUCCGACUGGUCCGAAUGUUCUGCAACUUGUGGUGUUGGAAUUACGAUGCGCACUCGAACCUUUUUGGAUCGCGUUGGACGAAAGAAAUGUCCACAUAUAACAGUUGUGGAGAAGCAGAAAUGUAUGCAGCCUGAAUGUUCCAUUGCGGAUUUAGAGAUUCCUGACCCUAAUUGCCCAAUGACCCCUUGGAGUGAUUGGUCUCCAUGCUCAGUAACAUGUGGUAAAGGCGUUCAAAUUCGAACCCGUUUAUUGCUUGUUGAACCGAGUAAGGAGGCAGCUUGUAAAGUCAAGAAGGAAUUGAAUCAACAGCGUCAAUGUUCAACGAGGCAAGAUUGUGUUUUUGACUAUGAAACAGCGCGACAAAUCUGCUCCCUUGAGCCUGAUGUUGGCUCAUGUCGAGGAGCUUAUCGAAGAUUCUACUACGAUCCCUUGCGUCAAUCAUGUCAAGAAUUUGAAUACGGUGGAUGUCGAGGAAAUCAAAACAAUUUCUUGACUAACGAUGUUUGCAUGAGUUCAUGCUCUCUUGUUAGAGCCACAGUCCCUGCUAGUCGAGGAGCGUUGAGGAAUCCACAGCAGCCAAUAACGACAGCGCCUCGAGAACAAUCCCAAAUCGAUAACCGUCGUUUCACAACAGCCCACACGCAAAACUUACCUGUUGAUUGCGUCUUAUCAGAAUGGAGCGAAUGGUCCGCAUGUUCGGUAGCUUGCGGUAUAGGAUUUUCGGAAAAGACACGUCGAACUCUGACGGAACCCAAAAACGGUGGUCUGGAAUGUGCAAAGCUGGUGAAACGUAGACGAUGUAAUGGAACUUCGUGCACAUAAAUUGUGAAAAGCUUUCAAGCAAUUUUCAUCAAAGAAAAGAAGACGACGAAGAAUACAAUCCAUUAAAGUUGAUAAAUUUUACCAUUAAAUAAGAAAAAGCAUUUACAAAUUUAUAAAAUAUACGAAAAGACUUCAAUGUGACAUAUUUUGUGUAGUUUCUCAGAAAAGAUCGAUAAAUAAACGCAAAUAACGAUUCGAAGACAAGCACAACGAGUGACUAAAUAAUCCAAAAAUAGAAUUUUAUCAAAUA